AUGGGCUCGUUGGAAAGACGAUCCAAGCUCCCGCCCGUCCUUGACUUCUCAGCAUUUCGGGGUGAAAAUGAGGAGUUGAAGGCUGAGUUCCUGCAAGCACUGGGACAAGCUUGCAGAGACAAGGGGUUCUUCCAGCUCACCAACCAUGGUGUGGACCCUGAGCUCCAACGAAGAAUAUUCGCCGCCUCGAAAGAGUUGUUCGAUCUCCCUCUUGAAGAAAAGCUGAAAGCGAGACUGACGACCGGGACGAACGGACGAGGCUACGAAACGAUAGGAGACCAAAUGCUUGAACCCGGCUCGGCCCCGGACACCAAAGAGGCCAUCUACUUGGGCGAGGACCUCCCCGCUGACCACCCGCGCGUGCUUCAGGGUGAAUACGGAUGCGGGUCGAACAUCUAUCCUUCCUGCCUGAGUCCGCAGUGGCACGAGACCUGCAUGGAAUACUUCCAAGCCAUGACCACCCUGGCCCGCGAGGUCAUGCGAGCUCUCGCAGCGGCGCUGAAUAUACCCGAGGACUACUUCGACCGGUUCACGGACUCGGAACCCACGGCAACGCUUCGCCUGGUGCACUACCCUCCUACGCCCCAGACGUCGGACAAGGAGCGCGGCUGCGGCGCCCAUCGCGACUUCGGCUGCAUCACGCUCCUGCUGCAAGACGGCGUCGGCGGCCUCCAGGUCCAGGACGAAGAGACGGGCGAGUUUCUCGACAUCGACCCCGUCCCCGGCGCCUACGUGGUCAACCUCGGAAACCUCAUGGCCCGCUGGACCAACCACCACUACACGUCCAACACGCACCGCGUCAUGAACUACUCGCCGACGGACCGCUACUCGAUCCCUUUCUUCUACAGCGGCAACGCCAAGUAUACCUUGGAGACCAUCCCGGGUCUGGAGCAGCGACCGCAGUCCAUUGUGGCCAGGAAAUUCGGCCCGGCUGUUCCGGCCGAGCCAUAUGGACCCGUCUCCGUCACUGAAUUUCUACGCGACCAGUUCGUUCAGUCGUACAAGCGAGCUGACGACUACAAACCAAAGACGGUUGAUGCCACUGCGUAG